UUUAAAUAAAGAAUCUUCUUUAAAGUAUAAUAUUGGUAAUUGUAUGCAUGACAAAGUACAUAGGUCUUAGCCUUAUGCAAUAUUAGCAGCCUGGGAUAAUAAAAUGUUAGGAAAAACAUUUCAACCUAAAUGCCUUUUUUUCUACAGCACCAGCUGAAUUUUCGAGUCCCCUGGCUCUUUACAGCGCUACUAAUGUGUGAGGCCUCGGCACACCUCAUUGCACUCAAUAAACAAGAAAAAUCCCAAAUAAUUUGGAUAUCAUUUCAGGCCAUUAGGGAUUUGUUUGGAGGUGCUGAAGAUUGAACAACGUUGAAUGACAAUGGAGUCUAUAGAUUAUGCAAAUUAACCUCAGAUAAAUGGCUGGUACCUCACUGAAGGGCACAGAUCUAUUUCGGGAGCAGUGAAAAGGUUCAACAACUUCUGACAGUCGAAAUUAAAAAGACAAUACAAACAAAGAGAGACGACCAACUGAAAGGGAAGAUGUUGUCACGUGUAACCAUUAUGCGUGUGUUUGUAAUCUCAUGUUCUGUUUGGGCGGCCGUAUUCAGGAGUACUGAGCUGGCAAUUCGUCUUGUAGGACCCAGCCCAUGUGAAGGACGUGUGGAAGUUUACCACAAUCAAUACUGGGGCACCAUUUGCGCUACCUUCUGGGACCUAAACAUUUCCAGUGUGGUGUGCCGAGAGCUGAACUGUGGAACAGCCGUAGAAGCCUCUGACAAUGGCAAAUACCAGCACUACGGGCACAGCUGGAAUUACAGUGGCCUGAGCUUUUUCCAGUGCAGAGGCAACGAGAGUGAGCUCCUAAGUUGUACAUAUGAAGUAUUUCCACAUCACCACAAACCUGUAAAUGAUGGUGGAGUCAAAUGUACAGGUGUUAUUCAAGGAAACAGAACGGAGUGGACCCUGCGGAUGUAUCUCACAACAAGUGAGGCUUUAGAGAACAUGAACUACACUGAGCUUCAGAAUUCAGUGCUUCUGGGAAUCUCCUCUCUCACAAGACUGAAUGUGCUGGAGAUGACGUUUUUAAGGAUUUGGAGAAUAUCAGGAUAACGUUUACAAGGUUACAGAAACAGCGACCAAAAUAUACCUUUACAUCAAUGAAAAUGAAACUACUAUUUUCUAUAUUGUGAGCUUUCCUUUAGAGCAAAUAUAUAUUGAUCAGUGGUUUAUGGUAACAAGAUACAUUGUCUUACAUCACUAUGUUGUUAUAUAUAGUAAUACACCAUGUCUACAUUAGCAACUGUAUAAUGUUUAUUUCAAUUGUUUAUUAUGAGGAUCUCCAUAAACAAAGAAAAGGACAUUACAGGUAUGUGCAAAUUAGGAGUGGGAAGGGGAAAACAUUUUUUACUUUGUUUUGUGAUGAAAAGUCACACGAUUUCCCUCCCG